AUGUCUACAAACAAUUCCCCCAACGGACUCAAUGGCCAUUCUAAUGGAAGUAUAUACUCCAAAGUCUGCGAGUCUCAAGACGAGAAGCUCAGCCCUCUCCAAAAACACGUUCAGUUCUGGGACCGCGAUAAUGACGGCAUCAUCCAUCCUUGGGACGUCUACAGUGGCUUCCGUGAGCUCGGCUUCGGGCUCUUCUUCGCGAUAGGCUCACUCCUAAUCCCCAUCUUCUUUUCCUACCCCACUCGCCUCGGCCACAGCUGGAUACCAGAUCCCAUGUUCCGUAUCUACGUCAAUGACAUCCACAAGGCCAAGCACGGCUCUGACACGGGGAUAUACGACUUUGACGGGAACUUGAACCAGGAGAGGUUCGAGCAGAUGUUUGAGCGUUUCGACACUGCGGGCCAAGGUGGUCUCACGGCGGAUGAUCUGAAGAGAUUGUGGGCCAAGGAUAGAUGUGCAGCCGAUCCAGCGGGAUGGACCUUUGCGGCUAUGGAGUGGUGGACUACGUAUGUGCUCCUGCAAAAGAAUGGCCUUGUACGGAAGAGUGACCUGAGGGCAUGUUAUGAUGGGAGUUUGUUCUGGAAGAUCAAGGAUGAGAGGGAGAAGAAGAGAAAAGGUGGCGAUGUAGAAAGGAAGAGUUUUGGUAUGAGGAACUUCUUUGCUUCGGCUUGA